CUUGUAUUCACGACGUGACAGACCGGUGCAUUGAUUUUGUGAUCAUCAACAAUCGACCUGGAGAGCAAGUGGAACACAGCAGGAGCAACAGUUAUGUUAACAAUGCGACUUCCGUGGACGGAGAAUGAGAGUUGACGGAGGAUGCGCCUCACCCUCAUCCUCCUGUCACCGCUACAGCGACAGGGCGGCAACUUCUCCACCAUCUCCAGAAUCAGCUCCUACCUGACCAGUCAUGGCCACCGGUGCCUCAUGGAGGACCCGAAGACCUUCCAGUCCAUCACCGAGUUCCAGGCAUUCCUGCACCACAAGAGCGUGGACCUUGUUAUUGGGAUCCAUGCCUACAGAUCGGGCUGCCUUAUCAGAGCCAGCACCGUACCCUCCAUCCUCAUCCUCGGGGGCACCGAUGUCAAUGAGUUCUACAAGGACAUCAACAAACUGUCCAUCAUGACGGAGGCCGUUCACACUGCCAGAUAUGUUGUGGUGUUCAGUCCGUCAAUGUUGUCGAGAACAUCGUCUUUAUGGCCAGAAAUGCCGAGUAACAAAGUCAAGGAAAUCAAACAAGCUGUGAUAACCGAACCUUCCUCCUCCUUCUGCUUGCUAAAGUACCUGAAGUCCCACAACCACAUCCCUGCGGGAACUACAUCGCUCCGCAACAUCACAGUGUUCCUCCUUGUCGGGGGCAUCAGGCCGGUCAAGGACCCGGUGUUUCUUAUUGACAAGUUUUCAGAGUGGCACAGAGAGGACUGCUCAGUGUAUUAUGUGAUCAUUGGACCGAAGAUUGAUGCAGAAUACUUUGAAGAAACUUUCUGGCCAGCUGUGAAACAAUCUCCUGGUGUGAUCUACAUCCCAGGCCUGUCUAAGGAAGACACCCAUGCAGCUAUGAGAGACUGCUUCUCAUUGGUCAAUUCUUCAAAGAGUGAAGGAAUGUCAUUGGCUAUUCUUGAGGCGAUGGAUGUGGGGGUGCCCGUAUUGGCCCGCAGAGUGACCGGGAACCGGGAUCUCAUCCAGGAUGGGGAGACCGGCCUGCUGUACGACACACCUCAGGAAUUUGUUCUCAAGGCUCGUUCCAUCAUGUCUUCUCCUGAAAAGAGGGAUCAAAUUGUUGCCAUGGCGAGGGACCAGGUUGCCCAGCAACACUGCUACAAGGUAGAGGGACACGCCUACAUGAGGCUGGUCCAGACUGCUCUGUCCGAGGAGUGCUCUGUCUAACACUCACAUACACAUGAUCAACAACAAGUGUAUGGGGAUCAUUUUAGAGUUAUGAGGCUUUUUCCUCAGAAGGUUUUUUAUUUAUCAAAUCCACUUAUUACCUGGUGAAAUAUUCCUGAAAUGUGUAAUGAAGUUUAAGGCUAGUGGGCACCCGUAGCUAGGGUAACCAUGACAUUAUUUGUGUAGCAAUAUUUUAAUAUUUUUGAUUGACAUGUAACAACAAUUUUCAAUUUUUGAUGUAUUGCAAUAUGACAUUAUUGAAAGUUUAACAUGUUUACAUGUAGUGAAUUAGAGCUCACAUGGCAGGCAGAAAUAUUCAUAAACAUGUUGAUCGUUGUAACGUUAGAAACAGAUUAGCGACUUCCUUCUAAUGCAGUGAGAUAUUUUAACUGUUAGAUAAAGACAAUUUUUCAACAUAUAUUUAAUAGUCUAAUCUAUAUAUAGAACUGCUUUGGAAGAUGUUUUACAUUGGAAGGACAGGGAGAGAUCCUGUGUAGUGACAGACCGAACCACCUCAUUGUGAUCCUGUGAUGACUGUUUAACUUCACAGUCAUACUCGUCCCAGGACAGAACUUCCCUCGGCAAACCCUCAGUCUGGUCAAAUAAUAACACUCGUCUAUUAUUCGUUUUGUCAGAAUUUUGACGAGAACAAAAUUUCAAUUUCUCUUUUUGCUAGUAGGAGUUGGCAACAAGGGAUCAGGACUACAGAGGAGGAGGGGAGUGUGUUGAGAUUUCACCUCUGGCAGUCCGGCUGGAGACGAUUUAUGAUUUGUAACAUAGCCAUCAGGACUACAGAGGAGGAGGGGAGUGUGUUGAGGUUUCACCUCUCGCAGUCAGGCUGGAGACGAUUUAUGAUUUGUAACAUAGCCAUCAGGACUACAGAGGAGGAGGGGAGUGUGUUGAGGUUUCACCUCUCGCAGUCAGGCUGGAGACGAUUUAUGAUUUGUAACAUAGCCAUCAGGACUACAGAGGAGGAGGGGAGUGUGUUGAGAUUUCACCUCUCGCAGUCCGGCUGGAGACAAUUUAUGAUUUGUAACAUAGCCAUCAGGACUACAGAGGAGGAGGGGAGUGUGUUGAGAUUUCACCUCUGGCAGUCCGGCUGGAGACGAUUUAUGAUUUGUAACAUAGCCAUCAGGACUACAGUGGAGGAGGGGAGUGUGUUGAGAUUUCACCUCUGGCAGUCAGGCUGGAGACGAUUUAUGAUUUGUAACAUAGCCAUCAGGACUACAGAGGAGGAGGGGAGUGUGUUGAGAUUUCACCUCUCGCAGUCCGGCUGGAGACAAUUUAUGAUUUGUAACAUAGCCAUCAGGACUACAGAGGAGGAGGGGAGUGUGUUGAGAUUUCACCUCUCGCAGUCCGGCUGGAGACAAUUUAUGAUUUGUAACAUAGCCAUCAGGACUACAGUGGAGGAGGGGAGUGUGUUGAGAUUUUACCUCUCGCAGUCCGGCUGGAGACGAUUUAUGAUUUGUAACAUAGCCAUCGGGUUCAGCGUUAAUAAAAGACAAAGUUUUAAAACUCACAUUAUUAGUUCUUCAACAGUCCAGAUUUUUAGAAAUGGCACAAUUUUCUGUUCACGAAGAAAGGUACAAUAAUCGUAAGUGAAUAAGAGCAGCUUUACUUCAUAUCAAGAAAAGAAACUAUCCUUGAGUUAGGUGAGCAUCUCACAGAACUGAGAUGUUUCUGUGCUGACAAGGUCAACAACAUGCACUAGACUGUAGACCACGCAGCAUCAUUGUUUGUACGUGGCGUCGCGGGGAGACUCACUGAACUGAGAUGUUUCUGUACUGACAAGGUCAACAACAUGCACUAGACUGUAGACCACGCAGCAUCGUUGUUUGUACCUGGCGUCGCGGGGAGACGAAUUUUCAUUGCACUCAUGAACUGCUGUUGUACAAUCCACGCCUUCCUUUAGGCCUUCCAGAAUUUUCUUUAGUUCAGUUUUCACAUGUUGAAUUGAGACCUUUGGCAAAAUAGUUUUAAAAUUAUAACCUGGAAUGGAAGUUGCAGGUUUGAAAGUAGACCUGUGAAGCUCAAGAAAGCUGCAUUCUUGUUUGUCAUUAUAUUGCUGGGUGAAAGUUUGUGACAUGUAAUGGAUGUUCACAGAUGUUUCUGUACAGGGUAGCAUGCACAAAGGUCUUUGUUUUUCUUUUCUUUUUUUUUUUUGUGCACAAAGGUCUGAUUUGAAUGAUAUUGGGUAGAAAACUUCUUAAUGUGAGAUAAAUGCUGUGUAAACUGAAUCAAAGUAAUUUUUUUAAUUUGUAAAUGGGAAAUGUCGAUUUUCCUCAAAAGAUGAAUUUUGUAGUGAAGAUUCUGGUCAGUUCUUGUUUAGUUGUUAAAUACGUCUGAACUGAAUGAUAUUGUUAUUAUGGGCUGAGCCCCAUACCACAAGUCUAUCUUAGCUUUAAAGCCGUUGUAAAUGUGUGUUAAUAGAAGGGUAAUGCUAUUUUUGAGGGCAUUAUCAUUUGCAGAAGCCUGUGGUCUUCCAGU